CGUGUUGGAGUGGCUUGGGCCAAAUGGCGGUUUGCUUCAGGGGUGUUGUGAUCCGAAGAUUUCGCCCAAGAUGAAAGGUAAGUUCUACCGGUCCGUAGUCAGACCUGCUAUGUUACAUGGGGCAGAGUGUUGGGCAGUUAAGAUGACUCGUGUGCGUCGUCUGCAUGCGGCGGAGAUGCGGACGUUACGAUGGAUGUGUGGGAAGACAAAGUUGGAUAGGAUUUCGAACGAAGUUAUCCGACGUCAGGUAGUCAUGGCGCCGGUGGAAGAUAAGCUGCGGGAAGCGAGGUUGAGAUGGUUUGGUCAUGUGAGACGGCGGAAUUCUGACGCCCCUGUUAGAGCCGGGGGUCACUUGGAAACAGCCUCCCUACUUCCGAGUAGAGACAAGGUCUGCGUACACACACCCUCCCCAAACCCUAUUGUAGUGGGAUUCAACUGGAUUGUUGUUGUUGAUUAGACUUAUGGUAAAGAUAUAUAAACUCAUCACCUUAUUUUUUAUUUUUGGUAGCAUUUUCCUUUUAAAAUAUACGCCGUAUAGUGCACUGAUAUAAUAAAAGAAUUGAGUCAUU